AUGCAGGUUGAAGUUGAAAAAAUUAAAUAAAAUAAUUUAGUCCCUGUAUUAGAAGAUUUAGAGAAAAACUGUAGUAUAAAUAAUAAACAUGAAAUUAAAANUAACAGCACUUGCAGCAACAACAAUCAAAACACUAAAAAAUGA